UUUUUCCCUGGUGCCGGAGCGGAGGCUGCACUCGGCCGACAUGAGCGUCCCGGCCUUCAUCGACAUCACCGAGGAGGAUCAGGCCUCUGAGCUUCGAUCUUACCUGAAAUCAAAAGGAGCAGAAAUUUCUGAAGAAAAUGCAGAAGGUGGACUGCAUCUCGACUUGGCACAUAUCAUUGAAGCCUGUGAUGUUUGUCUCAAGGAUGAUGACAAAGAUGUGGAAAGCGUGAUGAACAGUAUUGUGUCUCUGCUCCUGAUUCUGGAGACUGACCGGCAGGAAUCGCUGACCGAAAGUUUGUGUGAGAAACUGGUGAAAGCUCGUGAAGGCGAGCGCCCGUCUCUCCGACUGCAGCUGUUGAGCAAUCUUUUCCAUGGAAUGGAUGAGAAUGUUCCAGCUCGGCAUGUGGUAUACUGUAGCCUCAUCAAAGUGGCAGCUUCCUGCAGCGCCAUUCAGUACAUCCCUACCGACCUUGACCAGGUUCGAAAAUGGAUAUCAGACUGGAACCUCACCAUUGAAAAGAAACACCAUCUUCUGCGAUUGCUUUAUGAAGCACUGGUAGACUGCAAGAAAAGUGAAUCAGCUGCUAAAAUCAUGGUGGAAUUGCUGGGAAGUUACACAGAAGACAAUGCUUCACAGGCGAGAGUUGAUGCUCACAGAUGUAUUGUCACAGCUUUGAAGGACCAAAAUACUUUUCUUUUCGACCACCUACUUACUCUGAAACCUGUUCGAUUCUUGGAAGGGGAGCUCAUUCAUGAUCUGUUGACUAUUUUUGUGAGUGGAAAAUUAUCAGCUUACGUCAAGUUCUACCAGAACAACAAAGAUUUUAUUGAUUCACUAGGCUUAUCUCAUGAACAGAAUAUGGAAAAAAUGCGACUAUUAACCUUAAUGGGAAUGGCAGUCGAAAGCAAGGAGGUUUCCUUUGAUACUCUCCAGCAAGAACUUCAGUUGGUUGAAGAGGAUGUUGAGGCGUUUGUCAUUGAUGCUGUGAGGACAAAGAUGGUGUACUGCAAAAUUGAUCAAACUCAGCGCAAAGUAGUUGUAAGUCACAGCACACACAGAACAUUUGGGAAGCAACAAUGGCAACAACUGUAUGACAGCCUUAACUCCUGGAAACAGAACUUGACCCAGGUGCAGAACAGCCUCCUCAGUAUUUCCAAAACUUAAAUGGUCCAAAAAAUGUCAGGACUGCUCAAUUUUUAAGGCCAUGUCAGAAUGAAGUUUGUUAAAUGGAUAUCUGAGAAAAGAUCAGGAUUGUUGUUGGAAUAAUUUGUGAGUUCCAAACAUCUAAUAAAAACAAUACACUUUAUCAACUCUUUCCUUGGAAUAUGUUGUUAACUGCUUAAUGCAACACACCAACAAUGUCAAAAUAAUAAAAUAAUAAUAAAUAAUAAAAAGAUUAUUAUUAAUGUC